GGGCGGGGGAGGCGAGACCUGCAGCCUCAUCGCGGAAGGCCUCAGCACCGCCCUGCAGCUAUUCGAUGACUUCAAGAAGAUGCGGGAGCAGAUUGGCCAGACACACCGCGUCUGCCUCCUCAUCUGUAACUCGCCCCCUUACCUGCUGCCCGCCGUCGAGAGCACCACGUACUCUGGGUACACGACGGAGAGUCUCGUGCAGAAGAUCGGGGAGCAAGGGAUCCACUUCUCCAUCGUGUCUCCCCGGAAGCUGCCUGCCCUGAGGCUUCUGUUCGAGAAGGCGGCUCCCCCGGCCAUGCUGGAGCCACUGCAGCCACCGACAGAUGUGAGCCAGGACCCCCGGCACAUGGUGCUGGUGCGGGGGCUGGUGCUGCCGGUUGGGGGUGGCUCAGCCCCAGGCCCCCUCCAGCCAAAGCAGCCUGUGCCCCUGCCUCCAGCUCCACCCUCAGGCGCCUCACUCUCAGCAGCGCCCCAGCAGCCUCUGCCCCCGGUCCCCCAGCAGUACCAGGUCCCUGGGAACCUGAGCGCAGCUCAGGUGGCUGCCCAGAAUGCGGUGGAAGCCGCCAAGAACCAGAAGGCUGGGCUGGGCCCACGCUUCUCACCCAUUAACCCUCUCCAGCAAGCCGCUCCAGGAGUGGGUCCCCCCUUCAGCCAGGCACCGGCCCCACCACUACCCCCGGGGCCCCCUGGCGCCCCCAAGCCACCCCCUGCUUCCCAGGCCAGCCUGGUCUCCACCGUGGCUCCCGGCCCGGGCCUGGCCCCGCCCGCACAACCUGGGGCACCGUCCAUGGCGGGCACAGUGGCCCCAGGCGGGGUGAGCGGCCCUUCCCCAGCCCAGCUGGGGGCCCCGGCCCUUGGUGGGCAGCAGUCAGUCUCCAACAAACUCCUGGCCUGGAGCGGGGUCCUUGAGUGGCAGGAGAAGCCCAAACCCGCCUCGGUAGACGCCAACACCAAGCUGACGCGGUCGCUGCCGUGCCAGGUCUACGUGAAUCAUGGCGAGAACUUGAAGACCGAGCAGUGGCCCCAGAAGCUCAUCAUGCAGCUCAUCCCGCAGCAGCUGCUGACCACCCUGGGCCCUUUGUUCCGGAACUCAAGGAUGGUGCAGUUCCAUUUCACCAACAAGGACCUGGAAUCCCUGAAAGGCCUCUACCGGAUCAUGGGCAACGGCUUUGCCGGCUGCGUGCACUUCCCCCACACGGCGCCCUGCGAGGUGCGUGUGCUCAUGCUCCUGUACUCGUCCAAGAAGAAGAUCUUCAUGGGCCUCAUCCCCUACGACCAGAGCGGCUUCAGCGGCUUCGUCAACGCCAUCCGGCAGGUCAUUACCACGCGCAAACAGGCGGUGGGUCCCGGUGGGGUCGCGGGCCCAGUUCAGAUCGUCAACAACAAGUUCCUGGCGUGGAGUGGGGUCAUGGAGUGGCAAGAGCCCAGGCCUGAGCCCAACAGUCGGUCUAAGAGGUGGCUGCCGUCGCAUGUCUACGUGAACCAAGGGGAGAUCCUGAGGACCGAGCAGUGGCCAAGGAAGCUGUACAUGCAGCUCAUCCCGCAGCAGCUGCUGACCACACUGGUGCCGCUGUUCCGGAACUCGCGCCUGGUACAGUUUCACUUCACCAAGGACCUGGAGACGCUCAAGAGCCUGUGCCGGAUCAUGGACAACGGCUUCGCCGGCUGCGUGCACUUCUCCUACAAGGCGUCGUGCGAGGUGCGCGUGCUCAUGCUCCUCUACUCCUCGGAGAAGAAGAUCUUCAUCGGCCUCAUCCCCCACGACCAGAGCAACUUCGUCAACGGCAUCCGGCGCGUCAUCGCCAACCAGCAGCAGGUCCUGCAGCGGAACCUGGAGCAGGAGCAGCAGCAGCGGGGGAUGGGGGGGUAGUGGCCACCCCCAGGCUGGGCCCCUCCAGGAGUCACAGACGAGGCCCCCGCCAAAACCGGUCAGAUGCUUCUGAGCAGGGGCCCCUGGGAUGGCAGCCGCCCAGCAAGAUGGGCUGGAAGACCGCGUCGUGAGCUGUCUCCAAGGAC